AUGCCCAGCGACCUCGACAAGCAGAUCGAGCAACUAAAACGCUGCGAACCCAUAUCCGAAAGUCAGGUUAAAGAGUUGUGCAUAAAAGCGCGAGAAAUACUGGUGGAGGAAGGGAACGUACAAUAUGUAGAUUCGCCUGUCACGAUAUGCGGUGACAUCCACGGACAGUUUUUCGACUUGCUGGAGCUGUUCAAAGUUGGGCGAUUUUGCCCAGAGACCAAUUAUCUCUUCAUGGGAGACUUCGUAGAUCGAGGAUUUUACAGCGUCGAGACAUUCCUCCUUCUUUUGGCAUUCAAAGUCCGUUAUCCGGACCGCAUAACCCUGAUUAGAGGAAACCAUGAGUCCCGACAAAUUACUCAGGUGUACGGGUUUUAUGAUGAGUGCCAACGGAAGUAUGGCUCAGCGAACGUGUGGCGGUACUGCUGCGAAGUUUUUGAUUAUCUGGCGCUGGCCGCAGUUGUGGAUGGAAGAGUACUGUGCGUUCACGGAGGGCUAAGCCCAAAUGUGGAAACAAUAGACCAGAUACGUGCUAUUGACCGUAAACAGGAGGUUCCUCACGAUGGAGCCAUGUGCGACUUACUGUGGUCAGAUCCCGAUGACAUUAACGGAUGGGGGUUGUCACCGCGCGGUGCUGGCUAUCUGUUUGGCGGCGACAUAGUAAGGACUUUUGCUCACACCAACAACAUCGAUCUCAUCGCGCGAGCCCACCAACUCGCUAUGGAGGGGUAUAAAUUAAUGUUCGACCGGAUGAUCGUUACCGUAUGGAGUGCGCCAAACUAUUGUUAUAGAUGUGGGAACGUCGCAUCGAUACUGGAGCUUGAUGAACGGUUGCAGCAGGAAUAUAAAGUCUUUCAGCAUGCCCCAACGGAUACUAAAUCGAUUCCUGCGAAGCGACCGCCACCUCAAUACUUCCUCUAAUUUAUUUGGUUUAUUCUUUGGGUGCGCAGCAGACUUCAUCCGUUCACAGGCUCGGUUCCGCG